GCCAUCGCGUAAUUUGCUAAUAUUCAUUUCACUAUUUCUCUCUUUUUAGUUUAUACUUUUAUUUUUUAUUGAAGCUUUCCGUUACCUUCUCAUUUCGUUUUCCUCUUUUUUCUUCGUAAUUUACUGCACGCUGAUCUUCGUCUUUUUAGUUUAUUUCUUGUUUCUGCAUAUCAAUUUGUGUUUGUGGUAUUGCUUAUAAGGAGAUGAAUGCAAGGAGUGGAGGAGGUUGGAGUGCAUUUUCGGAAGAAAAAAACUUCCAUGGCCAGAAAUUUGGAAGUCUCGAUAGUUCAGCCUCAGGUCCUAUUGAUGAUGAAAUAUCUUCUCCGUAUUCAAAAUCUCCUUGGUCGGCUCAUCACGAGGCUUCCACUGGUCUUGAUGGUAGUUUUCCGUCAAAUGUACUGAUAGGGUCGUUAGUACGUGAAGAGGGUCAUAUAUACUCACUAGCGGCCUCUGGUGAUCUCUUGUAUACCGGCUCUGAUAGCAAAAAUAUUAGGGUUUGGAAGAAUCAGAAGGAGUUUUCCGGCUUUAAAGCUAAUAGCGGGCUGGUAAAAGCGAUUGUUAUUGCUGGUGAUAAGAUUUUUACAGGCCAUCAAGAUGGGAAGAUUAGAGUUUGGAAAGUUUCUUCUAAAGACCCUAGUGUUCACAAGCGUGUUGGGACCUUACCAACCUUUAAGGAUUAUAUCAAGAGUUCUAUGAAGCCAAGCAGUUAUAUUGAAAUUAAACGUCAUCGUAAUGCUCUAUGGAUUAAGCACAUUGAUGCAAUAUCUUCUCUCAGUUUGAGUGAGGACAAAAAAAUUCUUUACUCGGCUUCUUGGGAUAAAACAAUUAAAGUAUGGAGAACCUCAAAUUAUAAGUGUUUGGAAUCCAUUGUGGCUCAUGAUGAUGCUGUCAAUUCCAUUGUUGCAGGGUUUGAUGGAUUAGUAUUCACAGGAUCAGCUGAUGGCACGGUUAAGGUGUGGAGAAGGGAAAUGCAAGGGAAAGGAACGAAGCACUUCUUUUCACAGACACUAUUGAAGCAAGAUUGUGCAGUUACAGCAUUGGCUCUUAGUCCAGAUUCUACAAUUUUUUACUGUGGGUCGUCAGACGGGUUAGUUAAUUUCUGGGAACGUGAAAUGCAUCUCUCUCAUGGUGGAAUAUUGAAAGGCCAUAAAUUGGCAAUUUUAUGCAUGGUCACUGCUGAGAAUCUUGUGAUAAGUGGAUCAGCUGAUAUGGGGAUUUGCCUGUGGAGGAGAAAGGAUAAGGAACACGUAUGUUUAUCGAUGUUAACAGGUCACAGCGGACCUGUCAAAUGCUUAGCAGUUGAGAAGGACGAUGGAUCCAUUUCUGGUGAAAAUGGGUGGAUUUUAUACAGCGGCAGUCUAGACAAGUCGGUGAAGAUGUGGCGCAUAUCGGAGCAAGCACCGCCAAUGGCGCAGCCUAGUAAUAUACAGCAAUAUUCAGCAGAUGAGCACGGUGGUGGCACUGCACCCACUUCGUUGCAUUUUGCUCCUAGCUUCGCUUCCCAGGCGAAAAUAAGCCAAAAAUAGAACUAGAGGGAGAGCGUUCAACUUAGUAAAUUUCAUUUAUUACUAAAACUAAUGCAUGGUAUAUAAAUUUGAAGAGACACAAUAACCAUGUUCAAUGUUUCAUAAUUGGUUUGAGUUCACAAAUAGGUAUAUUUUUUAUUUGUGUUAUCAUAUGAUUAAAUAAUUUUGAAUUAAAAAUAAAAAAAAUUUAAUCA